AUGAGGGUUUCCACCAGUCACCUUCAGCAGCUCGCCAUCUUCACCACUGUGCUGCUGGGGGGGGGCAUCGGCACCAUGUACUAUCUGAUGCAGAAGAAAUUUGUUCAGUCGGACUACCACAGACUGGCCACGCAGAAGUUGAAGGCAUGUCCCGUUGCCAUGGAGCGGCUUGGGGCCCCGCCUUUAACAAUCCACAACAUUCAUCUAACUGACAGAGACAACCGCAUAGAUCAGAGCACUGCACAGAUCAAGAUCCCUGUGACUGGUUCACACACUGGAGGUUAUCUGUAUACGUGUUCAACAAGAGACCUCGAUACCAACAGGUGGAGUCUAAAGCAGGCCGUUCUGAAACUGAAGGAAGGACAGACCAUUGACCUGCUGAACCCUGCUGCAGCACAGAGCUUUGACACAGAGCUGUGAUUCAGCGAACACACCCAGGCACUGACCAGCUGUGUGUACUAAGGACAACAGUGUUGUUGGUCUAACUAACAGUAAGAAGAUGGAGGUAUAUUAAACCAAAUAGCAGAUCUUUUGAGGGGAGCAGUCACACGAGGCAAAUGUCUUUGAACGUCACAGCUUCUCACCGACUGAUCUGGAUUUGUUGAUAUUUUGUAUUAAAUGAUGUGAUGAAGGCUUUUUCUUUGUUAUGCUGAUGCUGGGGUCAUUUUGAUUUCACCGGAUAAUGGCUUUAGAAUCAGAACGUUUAGCACACAGUGCUCCAAGUGGGCCGGUAGCAUAUGUGCUGCUAUUAUUGAAUGCCUACAAUGAACCAGAUGAAAAAUAAAUGUGGCACUUCGACAUUUGA